CGCCGCGGCCCACGUGCCUACGACUUGGCCACCCGACCGCCUCUUUUGCGCGUCCGCGGCGACGAGUCGUCAGUGUUCGAACCGCACUCGACGGUGCAGCAAGUCGUACGCGCGAUAUCGUUAUCCAUCAUAUUAUUAUUGUAAUAUACAGCUGUGGCGAUUGGCGCGCGCACGUGUUGCCGGCGGCGGGUGCGGUAACACCGACGAUAAUAAUAAUAUAACACAGUUAUCGCCGUCGUCACGUUUCGCGCGGACUUUGAAUAGGCGAUCCAGCCUGCCGCCGCCGUCAAGUCUUCCUGUGCGACCUCACCGUUUUUGGCGCGAUCAUACCGCGCCGACUUCGAAGAAUACGAAAAUCGGCGACAGCUGCAUCUGCAACAAUCCACACAUCUUUUGUUGUACAAACACCUGUGCAAAACGGUAGAAGCGAGGACGACGAAACACGCGACCACUGCAGACAAAGUAGAUCACCGUGAUCAUGGCGUCGUCGCCUUUGCGGGCUCCGGCGGCGGCUGGUCAACCACAAUCGAGAUUGAUGGACAUGCAAAAAAAGUUUCAGGAGAAACAUUUGGCCACUUUGGCAGCCAUCAAAGGCAACGUCGCCGGGUCAACAACAUCGUCAACUACUUCGUCGACCAAAACCACCGGAAGCGGUGAUUUGCCGGUGCCACCUGUUCGGCGAAUCGUCGGCGCCGUUCCCGCUGUGCAACCGCAGCAACGCAGGCCGGCUGGAUCCGGAAGCGGUAGCGAUUCUGUCGUACAGGUCGACGUAAAGGGAAAGGUACGGCAGCUGUUUGCCGAGCGGAGUCAACAGGCGCAGGGGCCGGGCUACCAGCACCACCAGCAACUGCGGCGGCAGCGGCGGCGGAGCCUGACGGGCCGCGACCGGUCUCGGCCGCUGAGACCGCUGUCCGGCGCGGAAGACGCGGACGACCCGCUCUGCAAGACCGUCUGCUUUACGGCCCCGUCGAUGGCGGGCGGCGCCGGCCUGGUGGGCAUCAACGACACGGACGGCGGCGACGUGCGCGGCGAACUUCUCGCGCUGUUCGGCCGGCUGCCCAACCUGGGCGGACAGCUGCUGUCGGAAUCGUUCCGCGGCGGAGCCGGAAAAAUGAAAACCGCCCAGUCGGCGCCCGAGCUCAAGUGGCUGCUCGACGGCGGCACCGGUGCCGGCAGGGCGGGCGGCGGGGCUGCCGGACCCGCCAAAGGCGGCGGAGUAAAGAGACUGGCGGCACCGGCGGCGGCUGCAGGUGGUGACCACGGCGAUUCCGGCGACGGCGAUGACGACGACGACCAACAGCAACAGUUGCAGCGGCCGGCAGGGCGAAUAAACAGCAAAACAGCGACGGUCGUGAAGAAACCAUUGGCCACGGUCAACGGUAACGCCGGCGGAGGCGGUGGCGGCGGUGGUGGCGGUGGUGGCGGUGGCGUGGGCCGUGUUGCUAAAAAGCCGGUGGCCGCGUCCAACGACUCCAAUAAGUUGCUAUUGCCGCCCGUCGUGCAGCCGACAGUGAUCAACGCGCUGGCGGCGGGUGCCGGUGCGGCCGCGGCGUUGGCUAGCGUUAGUGCGGCCACAGCGGCCGGUGUUCAGAAACCGUUGGUCAGGGCGGCGAAACUGCCUCAAAAGCCGGCCGCUCCACGGCGCGUGGCGCCACUGCCGGCCAAGACAUCACCCCGACCGCCGGUCGUCAAGCGUACUACGCCCGCCGCGGUGUCGUCCCGACCGCAACCCGUGAAGCAGCAACUGUCCGCGGACAGAGGCCCGCCCGCCAAAGGCAUGGCCCGUUGCCCCCUGUGCGCCAGGGACUUUGCGGCUGACCGGUUGCCCAAGCACGAGCAGGUGUGCCGGCGCACGCGUGACCGGGACCGCAAGCGCAAAGUGUUCGACACGAGCAAAAAGCGGUUGGAAGCCGUGGCCGCCGAGGCCGGCGUGGACGUUUCGUCGUUCAAGAAAAAGAGCCAAAAGGAGGACCAGCGAGUCGCUGAGAAACUCCAGAAGAAGAAGGAUGCGUGGCGCCGAAAGCACGACCAACUUGUGCGCAACGUGCGGGCCGCGCGUGCUGUGCAGCGGCACCUGGCCGCGGGCGGCACGGUGAAGGACUUGCCGCCGGAGCUGGAGAACGCGGCGGCGGACCAGGACGACGAGGUUGACUCGGACCUGGUAAAGUGCCCGCACUGCGGACGGACGUUCAACGAGGCUUCCGCCGAGAGGCACAUACCUUUGUGCGCUGACCGGCAACGGAACGCGGCCGCUCGGAUGCAGAACAAGAAACGGUGAAUUUUCCAACCGUUUUCACCAUCGCCGCCACCACAAAAACAUCCAUUUAACCACAAUAUUAAUGACAAGAAUGGCAGUGAUGAACUCAAAUCGCUGUUGUGCUGUACCUAUUAUCGCCACUGUGAUCAUUUAUGUCCAACUUGAAUCUACCUAUAUAGUCUGUAGACUCAAUAGUAUUGAGUCAAUAUAUUAAUGCGUAUCAUAUUUUAUUACUAUACAGUAUACAGUCUAAAAAGUAAAAAUCGAAUUAUUAUACGUUAAACGUACAAACAGUUAGUACAAAAUGUUUCCACAUUUUCCAAUCAGUCGAUGUACGAUGACUGUAAGUUGAAAUAAUAUUAUUGUGCAGAGUCCAAUAAUUGUAUCGUGAACUAUGAAGAUUAUAAUGACAUCAUAUUCAAAUUUAUAUAAUGUUAUUUCAAUGGUAAACCGCCUUCUUCAUAGAACAUGACGUGUAUUGUAUUAUAUUGCCUACCAUAGUAGUAUUUAUGUACUAUAGGUAUUUACUUUUUUUUUUUAUUAUUAUUUUACGAUUAAUGUUAUUUCUAAUUUUAUUGAUCCAUCGUAACUGUAAUUGAUGUAUUUUUGAGGUUGUUUUAGCCAUUUAUCGAUUAAUCAAUUAAUUUAUAAUAAAACAUAUUAUUUUUUAAAUAAUAAUGAUUAAUGUGUUAC